CCCGAUCUGGUAUGUGCCGUCCCGAACUCGGAAAGUAUGUGUUGUCCAUCUAGAUGAAGUGCUCUGGACUAAAUUAUUGUUUAUUUAUACGACUGCGAUGGCCGUUCCUUUGUACUGAACCUUGCUCAGUGUUUCUACAAAUCUGCCUAUGCACAACUCGACACCUCGAGCCAUGAACUUCGGUCACUCGAAUUUGGAGGCGUGGAACGCUGGAUUCGAAGAGUUGUCUGGGGUGUACUCGAACGCAGAGGCGAGUUCUCAUGCUGUCCCAGCGCCCUCUCCAUACGACCCAACCUCUCCAGCCACACACGUAUCAGCCCUCGGCCCAGCCAAACAGUUGGGCCCCUCGUUACGAUUCCUAUGACUCCAAUCUAACAGCCCAGCAAUACACUGUUGAUAGUGGUUUUUCUCCCUUCGCUCAUAAUUCCUCCAACUACCCUACCCAGCCCAGUGCUUACCCUACGCAAUCUUCAUAUCCACCCCCACGACUCACGCCACCCUCCCAUCAAGCAAAUCAGACACAAUCAAAUACCGAUACUCGUCUUUCGUUUGCCGGGUCUCUCGAUCCCUCGACUGGAAUUUUUUAUCGCACGCCAGAGCACCCGCGUUUACGCACCGCACAAGCGUGCGAGAAGUGCCGGACACGAAAGGCCAAGUGCAGUGGCGAACACCCGUCGUGCAAACGAUGUCUUACCAGAGGUCUCAUUUGCCGCUACGCUCCAGAGGGUCGCGUGCGCGGUCCUAACAAACCCAAAAAGCCUGCAACUUCAUCUGAAGGCGCGUCGCCAUCAUCUUCCCAAAAUCAAAGCUCCCGACAGCGCCGCCCUGGAUCUUCUGGUUCGCCAUCGACAUCCCACGCGACCACGGCAUCCUCCCCUGCACAGUCUACUCGCCCGAUAACGACAGAAAUUCGUCCCAUCCCCGUUGGUGCCUCCAAGUAUCGUUCCCAUAAUCGUCGACCAUCUCUAUCCCGCUCUUCAAAACCGCGCCCACCGAAUUUGGAACUGGACACGAUGUCCAGCCAUCAGAUGCCGUCCGAUGGGACCGAGGUGCCGUUGAGCUCUCACUCCGCGCCCUCUCAGGCGUUUUCGUCUUCGCAACCGAUGGCUGAUCUUCGACGACCGAUGUUAUCGCUAUCAGAUGACGAGCGACCACAGACAGGUUUCAUCCAUCCGCGCGGCAUCGCAGGCUUGUCUAGGAACUCACCUGAUUCAAACCCUUCCUCUGCUGUUUCCCUUACGUUUCACAGGACCGGAACUACGCCUCCGCAUGUGUAUCAAUCAACCUCCCCUCAUUCUACUAACUACCAUUACGAUCUCACACCUCCACCGACAACUACACAAGCCUACCAUUUUGGUAAUACGACCCCACCUCCGUCGCAUGUCCUUAGUCAGGCUUCGUAUAUGAAUGACGAUGAAUCCAUGACUUUGACGUAUUCAUCGCGAACGGGAGCAUAGUGGUAUUGGAACAGGAGUUAAUUUACUUAUCUUCUUGAGCUACUACUAUGAAAGUAUAAUAUGACACGUAUCUUUACGUUCUACUAAUCCACCGUCUUUCUACACACUGUUAGUGUGCGCUGAUACGAUCCCCUUUCGAUGAAUUAUUGUUAGAUUGUGUAUCUUGACCAUAGUAGGAAUACUAUGCCAUGACAGAC